UUUUGAAAGUUAUAAAGAUUCCUUUUAAAUAUAAUAAAAAGAAAUUAGAAUAUAGAAUUUAAUUCUAUGGAUAUGUACGUUUCAGUGGUUUUGGCUAGACUAUAAUAUUUUUCUUUUUAUCAAGACUUACAUCUAAUUAGUUUGUUUUAUUCAUAUAGGAACUAGGAGCGGUGGCCAAAAGAAGUUGUGGUUUCUUUGUUAAGAGUUAUAUCUAAUGCUCCUAAUCACAAACAGGCGUUUAUAUUUAUCUAAUCGGUUCUUUUAUCAAUAAAAUGACGUUGUAAAAUAAAAAUAAUUAUUAUUGCAGAUCCACAUAACAGAAAAUUUAAAGCAAUGAUCAAACUUUUACAAAUAUCACAAUUAUGAAAAGUAACUCAAAUAUUACAACUUCAUAUAACAACUAAAGAAAAAAAAAGGAAGAAAACAUGAAACAAAAGGAUACUUUAAAAAAUCUAUAAUAAUUAUCAAUACUACACAUUUAUGCUAAAAAUGCAAUAAUGCAUAUCAUUGGGAAGAUACAUUGGAGUAAAAAGUAAAAUGAAAGAAAUUACAAACAAUACCGCUAUCGUUCCACGCGGAAUGAAAGGUCGGGAAAAAAAAGCCAGGCUAAGAAAACAUUCAAGGUGUUCGAGCUUUCGCGUGGAAAACCAAUUCGAAAGUGACAAAAGAAACAAGACGACCCCCUUUACUUUUCUUUUUUCCGAGGAUCGGUCGCGAAGAUGACUCACAUCUAAACUGGAAGCUCCAACCACAUCGUCCUCUCUCUGUAUACGUCGAGAGUGGCAGCAACUUAAUCGCGUUCCUCGAGAUCGCAAACGCGUCACGUAUAUAACCGAUGCUCGACCAAUCUGUUCCCUCAAUCGUGAUCUAAGUGUCGCCGAGAACGGAAUUCGUUGUUGUGGAUUUCGAUAUCUUCAGUUGAGAAACGUUAAUCUUUGCGCCAUGUGGACUGUACUCGUGGUUCUGUUUCUGAUGGCAUCGUUCGAUGUCAACUAUACGGCAUCAUUGAACGCAGAGUUUUCUGAACCAACUAUGUCACGAUUACGGACUGUAGGAGACAUACCAGACAGGCUUCCAAGGAAAUUUAGGGAGAAUAGUCGAACUAGGAGAUUGCAUGUAGAAAAUCAACAUGGAUUUGAUGGCAAAGUGGAAAAGAUCCAUAUUAAUUCCGAAGAGGAUCUUCCUGGAAUUCGAGCGUAUGGAGUGCAGAAAAAGAAUUUGGAGAAUAAUGGCUAUAUUGAAAAGAAGACACAGGAAGAAAUUAUAAAAGAUAUUGAGGACACUUCGAGAAUUGCUCGUACGGUCGAAGCCUACGGAAAAACCAAAGAGCAUCUCGAAAUGAACGGUCAUAUUGAAAGAAGUAAUUCUCAGAUACCUCCAGCCACCUAUCAAAUUCCAUCGAAUCAAAGAUCCAGAAUAACCAGAUCCAUCAAAGCAGAAACAAAGCAAGACAAUGUCAAGAAUGAUCUAGAAGAUCUAGAAGCUCAAGAUGCCAAAAUUUUUAGGCCACUGUUCGUGUACAGGCAACAGGUGGCUAGAAGGCAGCAUCGAGGAAGAAAUCAUGUUCACAGUUUCCCAGUUGGUCGAAAAUCUUGUUACAACUAACAACCAGCUUACUGAGAUUCUUUCCAUCAAACCGCAUUUUUUUAUCUCAAUCGCUUGGAACAACAUCAAAAUGCGAUAAAACAACGGCCGACUGUUUUACGAAAGAUAUGCAAACAAGAAAUUGGUAAAAUGUUUGCGUUGCGGAUCCUUGAAGUCGCCUAAUUAUCAUAAUAAUUAACCGAUUGAGUCAGCGUCACUUUGUGCCAUAAAAGAAGAAAGCGGUUGUUGAAGACUGGCGACUGGAAAUGAGUUACUACAAUGAUCGAAAGCGCGAUAAACGAAUGAUGUAAAUGCCGGAUAGAGAACGUUACCAAAUAGUAUUACGAUUAUUGAUGAUGGAAUCUAUAGUUUAUUAGUAAUUAGAUAACGAUUAAUUAUUAAUGAUAUACGAUACUAUUAUUUCAGAUUUUGAUAUUUUGUUACACUACGUGUUGUGAGGAAAAUAAAUUAAAUUUGAAUCUA